CACACCGAUGUGUCAUCAGAUGGUUCAGUCCGAGGAUGGCCGCUGCUGCUGUCGGUGUAAAUAAACAGGCGAGCGCAGCGUCGAUGGAGCCGUGUGUGAGACACGGCCGCGCUACAGCCGCUAAUGCGGUGAAGGUGUUGGAGUGCGGUGUUUGCGAGGAUGUGUUUUCACUGCAAGGCGACAAGGUGCCGCGGCUGCUGCUGUGUGGACACACGGUGUGUCACGACUGCUUGACCCGUCUGCCUCUUCACGGCAGGGCAGUUCGCUGCCCCUUUGACAGACAGGCCACGGAGCUGGGGGACUCGGGUGUGUGGGGUCUGAAGAAGAACUUUGCUCUGCUAGAACUGCUUGAACGGCUGCAGAAUGGGGCCAGCAAUCAGUCAGGCAUGUUGGAGGAUGCGCUUCGAGAGAUGGGCGAGUGCGUAAUCCGCUGUGAUGAGGAUGAGACUCAUACUGCUUCUAUGUACUGCACGGUUUGUGCCACACACCUGUGUGCCGAGUGCUCCCAGCUCACCCACUCCACCCGAACACUGACCAAACACCGGCGUGUGCCGCUGGCAGACAAGCCCCAUGAGAAGAUGCUCUGUCCACAGCACCAGGUGCACGCCAUUGAGUUUGUCUGCCUGGAAGACGGAUGCCAGCCGGGGCCGCUCAUGUGCUGCGUGUGCAAGGAGUACGGGAAGCAUCAAGGACAUAAGCAUGCUGUUCUAGAGGCUGAAGCCACCCAGAUCCGAGCAUCUAUCCUGGAUAUGGCACACUGCAUCCGUACGUUCACAGAGGAAGUGUCGGAGUACUCCAGGAAACUAGUGGGCAUCGUGCAGCAGAUUGAAGGAGGAGAGCAGAUCGUGGAGGACAGCAUGGGCAUGGCUCACACUGAACAUGUAUCAGGAACAGCCGAAAGCGCCCGAUCUUGUGUGCGUGCCUAUUUUGCGGAUCUACACGAGACGUUGUGCCGUCAGGAGGAGAUGGCUCUGAGCGUGGUGGACGCACACGUCCGAGAGAGGCUGAUCUGGCUUCGACAGCAGCAGGAGGACAUGACCAUACUGCUGUCACAGGUGUCCACUGCCUGUCUGCACUGUGAGAAAACACUUCAGCAGGAUGAUUGCAGGGUGGUUUUGGCAAAACAGGAGAUCAACCGGUUACUAGAGACACUGCAGAAACAGCAGCAGCAGUUUACAGAGCUGGCCGACCACAUUCAACUGGAUGCAGGCAUCCCUGUUACUUUCACCAAGGACAACCGUGUGCACAUUGGUCCAAAAAUGGAGAUCCGGGUUGUGACUUUGGGUUUAGAUGGAGCUGGCAAAACUACUAUUCUCUUCAAACUGAAGCAAGAUGAGUUUAUGCAGCCUAUACCAACCAUAGGUUUUAAUGUAGAAACCGUUGAGUACAAAAACCUGAAAUUCACCAUUUGGGAUGUUGGUGGCAAACACAAACUCCGUCCACUAUGGAAACACUACUAUCUGAACACACAAGCGGUGGUGUUUGUGAUUGACAGCUGUCACAGAGACCGGCUGAUGGAGUCUCACAGUGAACUGGCCAAACUGCUGACCGAGAAAGAGCUCAGAGAUGCUCUGCUGCUCAUCUUCGCCAACAAACAGGACUUUCCCAGUGCGGUGUCUGUGGAGGAGAUGACGGAGCUCCUGAGCUUACACAAACUGUGCUGCGGCCGCAGCUGGCACAUCCAGGGAUGUGACGCCCGCAGCGGCAUGGGUCUACACGAGGGGUUAGACUGGCUCUCACGCCAGCUGGUGGCCGCAGGAGUUCUGGAUGUGGCCUGAGGGACGCUUAACCACACUUAAUAGACUUACGACUUAAAACUCAAGCCGGUCCAUGCCAUUUGCACAGUCACCCUGCUCAUGUUUACCCACAGUACCACGUCAUACCAUCAUAUAUUAGUAGACUUGCUGCUGUGUGCGCUCGUGGCUCAAAUGGUGUACAUAAGUGGAGCUUAAAUAAAAGUGAUUUAAGCUAGGACUCCAGGUUAAAUACAUGGCAACAUGCUGCCAGUUACCAUCAAACAUCAUUUCAACUCGGCUGUGACAGUUGCUUUGGUUGCCCUGUAGACUUCCAUUGUACAUGCUUUACUGUACAAUGAUUUUUGUUGGUUUUUACAUAGUCCCUGCUUGGGUCCCUAUUACAGAGAGUGGUAAUCAAAAACAUUUGCAGAUGCUGUUCAUUAAUGUGCAUUUAACCUGGACUAUUCCUUUAAAAACAAGUUGAUGGACAUUACGAACUAAACUUUCUGUCAAAAGUCAAAUGUGCUGAAAAUGUACUCACUCUCAGGCCAUCCAAGAUGUAGAUGAGUUUGUUUAUUCAU